CUCUUCUUCAACGGUAUCGCGUAACUAUCUCAAUGGCGGACCCAACGGAACCAGCACCGGGGAGCGUGGUGGCAGCAGCAGCAGCCGCGGCGGCGGAGGAGACGGAGGACGUCAACGACGCUGCGAUGGCACUGAAAGGAAUCAAUAUGCUCCUCAACAAUGGAUUCAAGGAGAGCGACGAGCUCUUCAGGUUGUACAGGAACCACAGUCCUCUGAUGAGUUUCGGGGCCAGUUUCGUGAGUUUUCUGAAUGCCAUUAUGACUUUUGAAGAGGAGAAAAUGCAGAUGGCCUUUGAGGACCUCAAAGCCACAGAGAGACUGUGCGAGAGUGAGAACACUGGUGUCAUUGAGACCAUUAAAAACAAGUUCAAGAGGAACAUGGACUCCCAGAGGUCCGGGGUGGCUGCAGUGGAUCGGCUCCAGAGGCAGAUCAUCAUCGCAGACUGCCAAGUUUACCUUGCAGUGUUGUCUUUCAUCAAACAAGAGCUGUCAUUGUACAUCAAAGGAGGCUGGAUCCUCCGCAAAGCCUGGAAAAUGUACAACAAAUGUUACAGCGACAUCACGCACCUGCAGGAGGGCAGACGAAGACGAGCCUCUGAACAGAAGGCCGCGGCGCCUCCGCCGUCGCUGUCCUCCUCCGACACGUUCAGCCACGGCCGCUCCUCUUCGCCCGGGUCGAGCCCGUCCCUGAGAGCGGACGGCAUCGGCCCCGAGGCCCUGGAGCGGCUGAAAGGCGCGGUCAGCUUCGGCUACGGCCUCUUCCACCUCUGCAUCUCGAUGGUGCCGCCGCACCUCCUGAAGAUCGUCAAUCUGCUGGGCUUCCCCGGCGACCGCCUCCAAGGCCUGUCGGCGCUCGCGUACGCCAGUGAAAGUAAGGACAUGAAGGCGCCCUUAGCUACCCUGGCCCUCCUGUGGUAUCACACGGUAGUGCAGCCCUUCUUCGCCCUGGACGGCACGGACACGCAGGCCGGCCUGCUGGAAGCCAAGUCCAUUCUUCAACAAAGGGAGGCCGUCUAUCCAAACUCCUCCCUCUUCAUGUUUUUCAAAGGCAGAGUCCAACGCCUCGAGUGCCAGAUCAGUAGUGCCUUGGCGUCCUUCCGCAAUGCCUUAGACCUGGCCUCGGGCCAGCGGGAGAUUCAGCAUGUGUGUUUGUAUGAAAUAGGUUGGUGCAGCAUGAUCGAACUGAACUACGGAGAAGCUUACAGGGCCUUCGAGCGACUGAAGACCGAGUCUCGCUGGUCCCAGUGCUACUACGCCUAUUUGACUGGAGUUUGCCAAGGAGCCACCGGUAAUCUGGAGGGAGCUGUCACUGUUUUCAAGGAGGUGGAAAGCCUUUUCAAACGCAAGAACAAUCAGAUAGAGUUGUUCUCCAUGAAGAGGGCCGAGAAGCUACGGACACCCAGUCUCUCCAAAGAAGUCUGCGUCCUAUCCGUGAUUGAGAUUCUUUACCUUUGGAAAGCUCUUCCCAACUGCUCUCCUGCCAAGCUUCGUGCAAUGGCACAAGUCCUGCAGGGGAUAGACGAUGCCUCAUGUGCCGGCCUGAAAAACCUGCUUCUUGGUGCAAUAAACGGAUGUCUUCAAAACACCGACAAAGCCAUUCACUUGUUCCAGCUGGCUGCAAGAGACGAGGUUGGUCGUCUGAGCAACUCUUAUGUGGAACCCUACUCCUGCUAUGAACUGGGGUGUGUGCUGCUGAACAACCCAGAGUCUGCAGAGAAGGGCAGGAUGCUGAUGCUUCAGGCGAAGGAGGACUAUGCCGGCUAUGACUUUGAGAACAGGCUCCACGUUCGUAUUCAUUCAGCUCUCGCCUCGAUGAGGGCUGCUGCAGCCCAGCCUUGACAUUGUAUCUGCACCUCAAAGGACUGGAAGAAGUGAAUUAAAAAGAAAAAGCCACAAUACCAUUCAGGUCACCAGUGAUACACUGUUUUCUCUAUUUUAAUUUAUUUAUUUGUUGGAUUCAGAGCCAAUACAUUAUAAUAUGUGUAAUAUACACAUGGGAGUUACUGGAGGUAUUUCACUUAUCUGUUACUGUACUUAUUAAUACAUUGGUCAUUUAUUGUUUACAUGGUUAAUUUCAAAACUAGAUGCCAGUCAAUUGAUAAAAACAUCAGUCAUAUUGCUUCCAUAGAGGGUCUGAUUUGGAGACUAGUCGGGUCAAGUAGAGUAAAGCACAUAUCCAGUAAUUAAUAACUCAGCGAUCUUAGUGUUGGCUACCGACUUUGACAUGUGAUGUAAAGGCUUUGCUAAUCCAAAGGCAUGAGUGCUAUUAUUAAAAUGUUUUUGUGUAGCCCCUAUUUCUAAGCAGAAUUGUUUUUAUCGCACAGGUUUUAAUAGAUAUAAACAUGUUGUGAGCGGCCUAGACGCACAGUGCCACUCCAGGCUGUAAACUGGUUCUUAUUUAUAUUGUUUUGUUCUAAGAUAAUAAAAUGAAUAUAGUAAAACA